AUGAAUAUUUUGGUUUUUCCUUAUCUUCUGCUGGGUGUUCUCCUUGUGAGGAGUGAGAUUCAUCUUCUUGUGUAUGAUGUCCGCUUUUUUCUGCUGGAUUUUCCUUGUCUGAAGGUUGAGAUUCUUUCUCAGGUGGAUGUUCACCAUCUUGUGGUGGAUGUUCCACAUCUGAAGGUGGAGAUUCAUCUCCGGGUGGAGGAUGUUCACCAUCUUGUGGUGGAUGUUCUACAUCUGAAGGUGGAGAUUCAUCUCCGGGUGGAGGAUGUUCACCAUCUUGUGGUGGAUGUUCUACAUCUGAAGGUGGAGAUUCUUUCUCAGGUGGAUUUUCACCAUCUUGUGGUGGAUGUUCCACAUCUGAAGGUGGAGAUUCAUCUCCGGGUGGAGGAUGUUCACCAUCUUGUGGUGGAUGUUCUACAUCUGAAGGUGGAGAUUCAUCUCCAGGUGGAGGAUGUUCACCAUCUGAAGGUGGAUGUUCUACAUCUGAAGGUGGAGAUUCUUUCUCAGGUGGAUGUUCACCAUCUUGUGGUGGAUGUUCCACAUCUGAAGGUGGAGAUUCAUCUCUGGGUGGAGGAUGAUCACCAUCUUGUGGUGGAGAUUCAUCUCCGGGUGGAGGAUGUUCACCAUCUUGUGGUGGAUGUUCUACAUCUGAAGGUGGAGAUUCAUCUCUGGGUGGAGGAUGUUCACCAUCUUGUGGUGGAUGUUCUACAUCUGAAGGUGGAGAUUCUUUCUCAGGUGGAUGUUCACCAUCUUGUGGUGGAUGUUCCACAUCUGAAGGUGGAGAUUCAUCUCCGGGUGGAGGAUGUUCACCAUCUUGUGGUGGAUGUUCUACAUCUGAAGGUGGAGAUUCAUCUCCGGGUGGAGGAUGUUCACCAUCUUGUGGUGGAUGUUCUACAUCUGAAGGUGGAGAUUCAUCUCCGGGUGGAGGAUGUUCACCAUCUUGUGGUGGAUGUUCUACAUCUGAAGGUGGAGAUUCAUCUCCGGGUGGAGGAUGUUCACCAUCUUGUGGUGGAUGUUCUACAUCUGAAGGUGGAGAUUCAUCUCCGGGUGGAGGAUGUUCACCAUCUUGUGCUGGAUGUUUCUCAUCUGAAGAGUGAGAUUCUUCCUUAGGUAGAUGUUCAUUAUCUUGUGCAGAGUGUUCUCCAUCAGAGGAAACUUCUUUUUCUUCUCCUUUCCCAGCACUGUCACUACUUUGGUCAGUAGAGUCAGGUAAAGCAACAUCUUCAUUGCUACCAGUAUCAGCUGC